GUGGAUUGACCGCGACUCGAUAAUCAAGUACAGCACACAAAAAUGGCGUCGUUUAUGAGAAAUCAAGGAGGAAAUAUCCUUCAAAUGGAUCAGUUUAUGAACAACGCACCAAUAAGUGCUUCUGAACGAGCGACAAGAUCAGUAUUCGUUGGUAAUAUUCCAUACGAAGCCACAGAAGAACAGCUGAAAGAUAUUUUUAUACAGGCCGGACCAGUUGUAAGCUUUAGACUCGUGUACGAUCGAGAAACCGGCAAACCGAAAGGAUAUGGAUUCUGCGAGUACCAGGAUACCGAAACGGCACAGAGUGCCAUGAGAAAUUUAAAUAAUCAUGACUUUAAUGGUAGACCACUUCGUGUUGGGGUGGCAGCUGGAGAAAAUAACAAAGAGGAAAUGAAAGGGAUGCAGCAAGCCUUUGGAGGGCCAGUUUUAGAAAGUCCAUAUGGAGAUCCAGUGGAGCCAGAGAAAGCGCCAGAAGCAAUUUCACAAGCUGUAGCAAGCUUACCCCCAGAACAGAUGUUUGAGCUGAUGAAACAGAUGAAAUUGUGUAUUCAGAAUAAUCCAAAUGAGGCUCGUAACAUGUUGUUGGCCAAUCCUCAACUUGCAUAUGCUCUGCUCCAGGCACAGAUUGUCAUGAAGAUUGUGGACCCACAGGUUGCCUUGACGAUGUUAUACAGAGAUACAUCUCAGCCGGGAAAUGAUGUUCAGCCUGGUGGUGAUGUUGGAAUGACACCAAGACAAGGAGGACCAGUGCCCCUUAUGGGAGGACCAGGACCGCAAAUAGGAAGACCAGGACCACAGAUGGGAGGUCUGGGUCCUCAGAUUGGGGGACCUGGACCUCAGAUUGGAGGACCAGGACCACAAGUUGGAGGGCCAGGACCACAAAUGAGAGGACCACAGCCAUUAAUGGGAGGACCGGGGCCACAGAUGGGAGUACCUGGGCCACAAAUAGGAGGGCCAGGGCCACAGAUGGGGGGACCUGGGCCACAGAUGGGAGGACCUGGGCCACAGAUGGGGGGACCUGGGCCACAAAUGGGGGGACCAGGACCUCAGAUGAAUCGUGGUGGACCUGGGCCACAUGGUGUUAUGGGUGAUGUACGAGGUGGAUCAAGUUCAAGAGGACAAAUGGGUGGCCCAGAUAUGGGUGGACCAUUCCCCAAUCAAGAUUUGCAUGAUCCGAGAAUGAUGGGCGAUAUGCCAGCAAGAAGUAUGGCGCAGGCGGCACCUAGUCGUUCCAUGGCUCAAGGUUUACCAGGACUGUUGGGAUCCGGAGUCCAAAACCUGGCAGGAUUGGCAAAUUUAACACCUGGAACACAGAUAUCUGCCCAAGAUCAAGAAAAGGCUGCUCUUAUUAUGCAAGUCCUUCAACUAACUGACCAACAGAUUAGUAUUUUACCCCCAGAGCAAAGACAGAGUAUUCUCAUUCUAAAAGACCAAAUUGCAAAAUCUGCACAAUAAAAUACGGUGCUUAUUCAUUCAUACAAGAACUUUAAUCAUCAUUUCACAUGUGUAUAGAAAACAAAAAAUGACGACCCAACAUUCAUAUGAAAUCGAAAUAAAUGGAAUUUCGACAAUCCAACAUUUGUAAAAAAAAAAUAUUAAAGGGAAGGAAGACACCUGUCUCUAAUUACGAAUAUCAUCAUACAAAAAAAUCUGAAAUUGUCCAACUCCUAUUCAACUCCCAAAAGAACAUUUUUUUCUCUAUUUUAUAAAAAAACCAAUUCCAUAUAAAAAUGUGUUCAUAGCACAAAUGAUUCUUUUUGUUAAUAAAAUUACAUCUGAGUAAGCCGAAUGAAAAAUAUAUUUAAAGAAUUCUUGUAUUGAGAAAUGAUUAUUGUUUUUUUUCUCUGUGAUUUUAGCUUAAUACAAAUCUUUCACUUGCAGUUUACUUUGUGUAAUAAAAAUCUUUGUUCUCUU